UUGCGCUUAAAUCAUGAACUUGAACCAGACCCCAACAGAAGCAUCUUUGCUUGAGUGACAGUGCCGUGACCAUGAGGAUGCGCAAAUCUUCACAGUCGAAGCCAAUUCCGCUUCUGACAACGAGGCCAGCCGAAGAUGAAGAAGAAGAAGAAGAACCCAGUAGUAGCAGCAAAAGGAAAUUGCAAAUGGUCACCACCUCACCCUUCAAACUCCCUGAUGGUUGGUCCGUUCAAGAAAAGCGCCGUCCCCUUAGCAACAGUUGCAAUCCCGGCCAAAUCGACAGGUAUUACUAUGAGCCUGACACUGGACUGAAGUUUCGUUCGCUGGCAGCUGUUCAGAGAUACCAAACAGAAGGGCAAAUUGAUACACGUACUAUAAGAUCCAAACCAGGCAGUGAAUGCACUAUACAAAAUACGCCGAGCACCAACAGGAACACUUCAUCCUUUUUACUCCCUGAUGAUUGGGAGAUUGAGGAAAAGCGACGUUACAAUUCUGCUGCCGUAGACAAGACUUAUAUUGAGCCAGGGACUGGACAACGGUUCCGUUCUUUAAGAGCUGCUGAGAGAUAUCUAACAGGAGCAAAUGAAUAUACUUCCCUCAAGCCAUUGGUACCUACCAAUAAGUCUAGUCUUUCCCCUGGCUCUGGCCGUCAGAAGAUGAAAAGUUCAGGUGACAUCCAGUACCAGAAGGUUGUUUCUAGUUCUGCGAAGAUAAAUAUUUCUGGUGAGAAUGAUAGACCCUCCAUGCUCAAUUUCGGCAUCCCACCAGCAAAAGUGAACUGGGUCCUCGGAGGUACCGGGGGGAGUAUGUGGAACCCCUUCAUGGAAGAUUCAAAGGUCCCUGAUUCUGUAAAGCAAAAGUGGUCCGAAACUUUUGUAUCGGCCAUUUAUGGUGGAAACAUUAGUGCUCCAAGCUUUUAAGUCAUAACUGUUCUGCAAAGCGGAACUUGUGUAAUAUGUACUGUUUGUGUCUAUUUACCUUAGAUGCUAGCCCAUCCAAAGUUGUGCCAGAUCCUUAACUUUUUAGAGAUUAAUAGAUGUAUGAAUGUUAGCUGGAACUGUGAGGAGGAGGUGGUGAUAUGCAUGUACAAAUCAGUAGUUGGAGCAUAAAAAAACAGUGUACAUUUGAAGUACCAUUUUGGUGAUGAAUGCAAAAUGUUUUGGGUGGACCGA